AUGAACUGGGGAAUCUUCGAGGGGCUCCUGAGUGGGGUCAACAAGUACUCCACAGCCUUUGGCCGCAUCUGGCUGUCUUUGGUCUUCAUCUUCCGAGUGCUGGUGUACCUGGUGACUGCUGAGCGUGUGUGGAGUGAUGACCACAAGGAUUUUGACUGUGACACCAAGCAACCCGGCUGCUCUAAUGUCUGCUUUGAUGAGUUCUUCCCUGUGUCCCACGUGCGACUCUGGGCUCUGCAGCUCAUCCUGGUCACGUGCCCUUCACUGCUGGUGGUGAUGCAUGUGGCCUACCGGGAGGCUCGGGAGAAGAAGCACCAAGAAGCAGCAGGGAAGGGGAGCAAACGCCUCUAUCUGGACCCUGGCAAGAAGAGGGGUGGUCUCUGGUGGACAUAUGUCUGCAGCCUGGUGUUCAAGGCUGGUGUGGAUGCUGCUUUCCUCUACGUGUUCCAUUCCUUCUACCCUAAAUAUACCCUCCCUAAUGUGGUCAAGUGCCACGUGGAUCCAUGUCCCAAUAUCGUAGACUGCUACAUCUCCAAGCCCUCGGAGAAGAACAUCUUCACACUCUUCAUGGUGGUCACAGCUGCCAUCUGCAUUCUGCUCAAUCUUGUGGAACUGGCCUACUUGGUGGGCAAGAGGUGCAGAGAGUGUCUGGCAGCCAGGAAAUCCCGGUCCUCAAGCAUCGGGCAUCACCUGGAGUGUGUCACCUCCUCCAGCAAGCAGGAAGACCUCCUUGGGGGUGACCUCAUCUUUCUGGGCUCAGACACCCACCCUCCUCUCUUACCAGACCAGCCUCGAGAGCAUGUGAAGAAAACCAUUCUGUGA